AGAUAGCGAAGAAGACUCAAACAAAAAAAAAUGGAAGCAAUGCUUUCUCAUCAGCACUUUCCCUCCUCCGCCAUUCGACGGCGGCUCUGUCCGUUAAACCUCCACAAUAGACUUACCAGACCCUCUUCUUGUCUUCCUCUUCGUGCUCAAAAGUCUGGAAUCACGGAGGGUUCCGAUUCGGCAUUGGAGGGUAAAGUAAGUGAUCUAAAGAUUAGUGAGCAAGAAGUGGGAAUGUACCAGAAUGAAGUAGUUGAGAGUCAAGGUAUAAGAAUUAGGAGAAGACCACCUACUGGACCUCCCUUGCAUUACGUUGGACCUUUUGAGUUCCGCCUCCAGAACGAGGGUAACACGCCUCGUAAUAUCUUGGAAGAGAUCGUAUGGCAUAAGGAUAAAGAAGUUGCUCAGAUGAAAGAGAGGAAGCCACUUUAUACCUUGAAGAAGGCUCUUGAUAAUGUUCCUCCUGCUAAAGACUUCAUUGGUGCUCUUAGAUCGGCUCAUCAAAGAACAGGGUUGCCGGGUUUAAUAGCUGAGGUUAAGAAAGCUUCUCCAAGCAGAGGAAUCCUGAGAGAGGAUUUUAACCCGGUUGAAAUUGCACAAGCUUAUGAGAAGGGUGGAGCAGCAUGUCUUAGUGUUUUGACAGAUGACAAAUACUUCAAGGGAAGCUAUGAGAACCUGCAAGCUAUAAGGGAAGCUGGUGUAAAGUGCCCUUUGCUAUUGAAAGAGUUCAUUGUUGAGGCAUGGCAGAUAUACUAUGGUAGAAGUAAAGGCGCCGAUGCAGUUUUGUUGAUCGCUUCUGUGUUACCUGACCUUGACAUCAAAUACAUGAUUAAGAUUUGCAAAAUACUUAAAAUGGCUACACUUGUGGAGGUUCAUGACGAAAGGGAGAUGGAUCGUGUUCUUGCAAUUGAAGGAGUCGAGCUCAUUGGCAUCAAUAACCGUAACCUUGAAACAUUUGAGGUAGAUCUUGGUAUCACAAAGAAGCUACUUGAGGGAGAGCGUGGCGAAUUGAUCCGUCAAAAAGACAUCCUUGUGGUUGGAGAAUCUGGGUUAUUCACUCCCGAAGAUAUUGCCUUUGUUCAAGAAGCCGGCGUCAAAGCAGUUCUAGUCGGUGAAUCUCUUAUUAAACAAAGUGAUCCGGGGAAGGCAAUCAGCUCCCUUUUUGGAAGAGAUAUCUCAGAGUGAGCUCCGAGUAUAAACUUUUUGUAUAGAGAAAUCUUCAUUGUGUCUCCAUUGAAGUCUCUUCUUUUAAAAAAUAAUGCUCAAGUGUGCAGGGACUUUUUGCCUUUACAGAAAUGUCCAGUUAUUUUUGUUUCUUGUCAUGCAUGCACAUUAUGUACUUAAAAUUUACCUAAUCAAAUGUCAAAUCUUGG